AUGUCUUCUGAUGCUUUACGGGUAUUCGAUGUCGUCCAGCUCCGUAAUGUUAGCUUCCCCUUCCCAAUAUGCUUUGGCUCCGAUGCCUGGGGCCGCAAGGGUAAACCACAGCCUGCCACAUUCUCAUUUCGCGUCUCACAUCCUCGCCCCCUUAUCGAACAAUGCGGGCACACAGACGAUGUUUCCUUUACCCUCAACUAUGGCGAGUUAUAUCGUAAGAUUGAGGCGAGAUUACUCCAUGUGACAGCGCUUGAGGAUAGGCAUGCUAGGGACGUCGAUUUACCAACGUUAGCUUAUAAUGCUGCAGAUGUUGCAUUUACAUUGGCUCGGAAUACUAUACAGUCGAGCGCCAUGGCUCAGGGGUUGGAUAUGGCAGGAACUGAAGUUGAUAUCUCAAUACAUCUUCCUAAGGCGAUUCUGAGAGCUGAGAAGGGCCUAAAGCAUCAAGCUAUCUAUCGAGCCGCAAAGCCGGGAGCCCAAGCCAUUGAUGAGAUACAACACAUAUACCGUAUUGACAGUUUACGGUGCAAUUGUAUUGUCGGAGUUAAUCCCCAUGAACGGGAAGUCAAACAGGCAGUGCUGGUAUCUCUUGUUUUUCAAAAGCGUAAUGGGAUCGAUUCUCGGUACGAUUGGAUUGUGCAGGCUUUGCAGAACGCGGCAAGGCAUAUCGCAAAUGACAUUGAAAAGUCCGGUUUCAAAACAGUCGAGGCUUUAGCUCACCAGAUCGCAAACACGGCCAUGCGAUAUACGGACUUCGACGAGGUGACUGUCUGCGUAGAAAAACCAAGCGCGAUGGCUUUCGUCGAGUACGCUGGAAUUGAAAUCACGCGUACGAGAGGCGAUGUGAACCUGCUGAAGAAAGAAUGA